UUAGGAGAGGGGGAUGAUGGGGGUGCCUCCUACGCUUACUCCAAUCGCCUCUCGAAGGAGCACUUCUAUUUACCCAAACGAAACAUACACAAUCAUGGCGACAAGACAGACAGUCAAGAUGCUGUCCCCUCUUAGGUUUACAAUAUAUUUGUUAUUUUUCUUCGCUCCUGGUACAUUUUCCUCCACCCUUCGUCUUCAUCGAGACCAGCGGUUAUUGCUACUGCAGGACAGGGGUUUUUCUACGGUGAACGCAAAUGAAGAAUGUAUCCAUGGAAUAGGCGCCGAUGCGAAACGACGAGCUGCACGUAAUGCAAGGGAAGACAGAGUUUCGGGCAUGUAUCAGCAUCGCAUUCGGAGGAGUGCAGUCCAACCACCCGUGCCAAAGGUGUAUGGACAGGCCAACCUGAACGAUUCCCACAACCAGAUGGUGGUGCACUGGGCCGGGGAGAAGAGCAAUGUCAUUGUGGCGCUGGCCAGAGACAGUGUCGGAGCCGCAGGUCCCAAGACUAGCUCGGUGUACGUGUCUUAUGACUAUGGAACCAGCUUCUCCCCCAUCUCAGAGAGGUUUCAGCUGAGUGGGGAGAAGGAGAAAGAGGGGAACAAGCAGGUCAUCUCCCAGUUCUACCACAGCCCCGCUGACAAUAAGAGGUACCUCUUUGCAGACAGCACCAACAGCUACCUCUGGAACUCCUUUGACUUCUGCAAGACCAUCCAGGGGUUCUCCAUCCCCUUCAAGCCCACAGACCUGCUGCUGCACAGCAAGAGGGCCAACCUGGUCCUGGGCUAUGACAGCUCCCACCCCAACAAACAGCUAUGGAAAUCUGACGAUUUUGGAGAGACAUGGGUGUUGAUCCAAGAGCACGUGAAGGCCUAUUUCUGGGGUGUGGAACCGUACGACUCCCCCACCACGGUGCUGGUCCAGAGGCACGAGCCCCAGGGGGUGUCCAGCAUCCUCAGCAGCACCGACUUCUUCCAGAGUGAGCAGAACCGCCGAGUCGUCCUAGAGAGAGUGGACAACUUCCAGCUCCGGGACAAGUACAUGUUCGCCACCACUUCCACAACUUUGUUGGGGAGCCAUGAACCAUCCUCCGUCCAGCUGUGGGUGUCCUACAACCGCCAGCCAAUGAAAGCCGCCCAGUUCAUGACCCGCCACCCAAUCACAGAGUACUACAUCGCUGACGCCUCGGAGGACCAGGUGUUUGUUUGCGUCAACCACCUGAACAACGUCACCCACCUGUACAUCUCAGACACGCAGGGCCUGUCCUUCUCCCUGUCCCUGGAGAAUGUGCUAUACUACAGCCCAGAGGGUUCAGGCAGCAACACCCUCAUCAGGUACUUUACCAAUGAGCCCUUUGCUGACCUGCACCGUGUGGAGGGUCUGCGUGGCGUCUUCGUGGCCACGCUCAUCAACGGCUCACUCAGCAAGGACAACAUGCGCUCCGUGAUCACCUUCGACAAGGGGGGCACCUGGGAACUGCUGCAGGCCCCCUCCGCCGACAGCCUGGGAGGAACCCUGGACUGCCAGCUCUCCAAGGGCUGCUCCCUCCAUCUGGCCCAGCGCUGGAGCCAGCUUCUCAACAUUCAGCUGCGCAGGAUGCCCAUACUGUCCAAAGAGUCAGCACCAGGGCUCAUCAUGGCUACAGGCUCUGUGGGUAAGAACCUGGCCAACAAGCCCAAUGUGUAUGUGUCCAGCAGUGCUGGGGCCAGAUGGAGAGAGGCGCUGGCAGGUCCUCACUUCUACACGUGGGGUGACCACGGGGGCGUUCUCAUGGCCAUCGCCCAGGGGGGCUCCAGCACACACCUCAAGUUCAGUACCAAUGAGGGGGAGACGUGGACAGACUUCCGUUUCUCUGACAGGGAGGUGUAUGUCUACCAGCUGCUGACGGAGCCGGGGGAGAAGAGCACCGUCUUUACCAUCUUCGGCUCCUACGCCGACCAGAGACACAGCUGGCUCAUCCUGCAGGUCAACGCCAGCGACGUGCUCGGCGUGCCGUGUGCCGAGGGAGACUACAAGCGCUGGUCCCCGUCAGACGAGCACGGCAACGACUGCCUUCUGGGUAGAGAGAUGGUGUACAAGCGACGCACGCCCCACGCCACCUGCUUCAACGGGGAAGACUUUGACCGCCCUGUCACCGUGUCCAACUGCUCCUGCACACGCCAGGACUACGAGUGUGACUAUGGCUUCAAGCUGAGCGAGGACCUGUCCCUCCAGGUGUGCCUGCCCGACCCCGAGUUCUCGGGGAACCUCUACACCCCUCCCGUGCCCUGCCCCGUUGGCACUACCUACCGUCGCAGUACGGGGUACAGGAAGGUUUCUGGGGACAGCUGUAGUGGAGGGGAUGUAGAAGCCAGACUGGAUGGAGAGAUGCUGCCCUGUCCUGUAGGAGAGAGUAAUGAGUUCAUCCUGUACGCUGUGAGGAACUCCAUCCAUCGCUAUGAUCUGGCCACAGGGACCGACCAGGCCCUGCCCCUCUCUGGUCUCCGCGAGGCCGUGGCCCUGGACUUUGACUACGAAAGGAACUGCCUCUACUGGGCCGACAUCUCGCUGGACACCAUACAGAGGCUUUGUCUAAAUGGCAGUACGGGACAGGAAGUGAUCGUUAGGAAGGACCUGCAGAAUGUGGAGGCCCUCACCUUUGACCCCAUCAGCAGGCUUCUCUACUGGGUGGACGCCGGAGCGCAGAGGAUUGAGGUGUCUAACCCUGAUGGGGACCUACGUCACACUCUGCUCAACUCCUCAGUGCUGGAGCAUCCCAGAGCUCUGGUCCUCAUGCCAGGAGAGAGCCUGAUGUUCUGGACAGAUUGGGGCGACCGUGCAGCCGGCGUGUACCGUGGCUACAUGGACGGCUCCAACGUGUCUCGCAUCGUGUCCGAGGGCGUCCGCUGGCCCAACGGCAUCACGGCUGACGACAACUGGCUAUACUGGACCGAGGCCUACGGCGACCGCAUCGAGCGGGCCAACUUCGCCGGCGGGCAGCGCAGCGUGGUCAUGGAGGGCCUGCCUCACCCCUAUGCCAUUGCUGUUUUCAAGAAUGACCUGUACUGGGAUGACUGGUCAAGGAGGGGCAUCUUCAAAGCUCCCAAAGCAGGCUCCCAGGACAAUGAACUCAUAGUGGGUAGACUGACCGGGGUCAUGGACCUCAAAAUCUUCUACAAAGGCAAGACCAGAGGCCAUAAUGCCUGUGCAGACCAACCCUGCAGCCUACUGUGUCUGCCCCAGCCCGGGCACCGCCACACCUGUGUAUGCCCCGACGGCGCGCCCACCACCACCCUACCCGACGGACAGCUCCAGUGCCAGUGUCCCACCGGCUACCAGCUCCACAACAGCACCUGUGUCAAGACAGAACACACGUGCCUGCCCAACCAGUACCGCUGCGCCAACGGCAAGUGCAUCAGCAGCAUCUGGAAGUGCGACAGCGACAACGACUGUGGCGACAUGAGCGACGAGCAGGAGUGCCCCACCACCUCCUGUGACCCGUCCAUCCAGUAUCGCUGUGUGGCGUCCGGCUCCUGCAUCCCGCUGGCCUUCAAGUGUGACCACGAGGACGACUGUGGGGACAACAGUGACGAGGAACACUGUGAGAGUCACCAGUGUGGACCAGGGGAGUUCUCGUGUGCGCGGGGCGUGUGUAUCCGCGACGCCUGGCGAUGUGACGGAGACAAUGACUGCAGGGACUGGUCAGACGAAGCCAACUGUACAGUGGGUCACCACACCUGUGAGGCCAGUAGUUUCCAGUGUCUUACGGGCCACUGUAUCCCUAAGCGCUGGGUGUGUGACGGUGAUGACGACUGUCAGGACAGCUCUGACGAGGAGCAAGCACAUUGCGUGGGGGAUCGCUGUAAUGGCUUCCUGUGUUCCAACGGCACCUGUCUGCCUGCCAGCGCCCACUGCAACGGAGUACAGGACUGCCCAGGGGGCGCCGACGAGCAACACUGUGAUCCCCUGUGUACGCGCUACAUGGAUUUUGUGUGUCAGAACCGAGCCCAGUGCCUGUUCCAGUCUCUGGUGUGUGACGGCACCAAACACUGCGAGGACGGAUCCGAUGAGGACGUGGCCUACGCCGGCUGCUCCACUCACCCGGAGUUUGAGAAGACGUGUGACCCCUACAACUUCCAGUGUGCCAACGGGUUGUGUGUGAGCCUGGGGUGGAAGUGUGACGGCAUGAACGACUGCGGGGACUACUCUGACGAAGCCAACUGUGGCUCCCCCACUGAGGGGCCAGGCUGCACGCGGGACUUCCAAUACGAGUGUCGUAACGGGCGCUGUGUGCCCUCCUGGUGGAAGUGUGACGGAGAGAAUGACUGUGGAGACUGGUCUGACGAGGCUCAGUGCUCUGGAGGAGUCACGCCCCACACCCCUGCCCCAGGCCCGUCGUCCUGCGCCCCUAACCGCUUCCACUGUGGCUCGGGAGCCUGUAUAGUCAACUCCUGGGUGUGUGACGGCUACGCUGACUGUCCCGAUGGCAGUGAUGAACUGGGCUGUCCCACAGCAGCCAACGGCACGGCGACACAGGCUCCGUGGCUAACCCAAGCGCCUCCCCUGCCCCCUGGCCACUGCAGCAGGGGCCAGUUCCUCUGCCGGAAGCCCCCCACCUGCAUCUCUGACUGGCAGCGCUGCGACGGCCACCAACACUGUCUCGACGGUUCGGACGAAGCCCACUGUCCCACGCGAGGGCCUCUGACAUGUGCGAACGGCACGCGCUGCGCUGACGGGGAGGCCUGCGUGCCGGACGGUGAGAAAUGUGACGGCUUCAUGGACUGCUCCGACCACAGCGACGAGGACAACUGCACCACGGACUCUCUGGUCUACAAGAUCCAGAACCUGCGGUGGACGGCAGACUUCUCUGGCGUCAUCACCCUCACCUGGUCCAGACCUAAGAACCUGCCCCUGACCUCUUGCUACUUCCUCAUCUACUUCAGGCUGGUGGGCACACAGCAGUGGACCUCUAUGGACACACACAGCAACAAGAGCAGCUACACCCUGUCGGUGCUGAAGCCAGACACCACGUACCAGGUGAAGGUUCUGACCCAGUGUCUCAGCAAGCAGCACAAGACCAACGAUGUGUUGACCCUGAGAACGCCCGAGGGAUUGCCCGACCCCCCCAGAAACCUGCAGCUGUCGUGUGACCACGGAGAGGACGGCACGGUGGAGGCCUCGUGGAGCGCUCCGGACAAAGCCCACGGCCUGAUCCGGGAGUACAUUGUGGAGUACAGUGAAAAAGGUGUGGAGUGGUUCUCUCAGCGAGGCACCGGCAACAGUGUGGAGGUCAAAAACCUACAGCCCAGCACUCUGUACAAGUUUAGAGUGGCAGCAGUGACGGGUCGAGGUAUGGGGAACUGGACUGAGGUUAAAUCCAUCAUGCCCAAGAAAGCUCUACCACCUCCCUCAGUUAUCACCGACAGCAUCACAGAAGACUCCAUGAGCCUGUCUUUCAGCUUUAACUCCCAAUAUGAGGUGAGGCAGUAUGUGGUGGUGCUGUCCUGGGUGUUUGAUGCUCACGUGAAGGAGAGCAGGAACUACACUGUGCGAGGCAGCGUACUGAAAGCUGCCAACCUGACCACGGGUACCAUCUACGAGGUGGCUGUGUGGGCCCAGACCAGUGUAGGAGACAGCCCCACAGCCCUGUCCCGCCAGCAGACCACAGGCACUCAGCCGGAGCCUCCCCUCCUCAAGGCCCGGGCCCUCAACCAGAGCUCUGUGGACUGCAGUUGGACUGUAACCGGAUCCCCUGCACAGGUGUAUGGCAUCUUCUUUGCCACCUCCUUCUUGGACCUGUACCGCAGCCCUCACAGUGUGAACACCAGCGCUAGUAGCCGGACCGUCACUGUGGACAGUGAUGAGCAGUACCUGUUCCUCGUGCGGGCCAUCUCUCCCUACCUGGGCCCUCCCUCGGAGUAUGCGGUGGUUAAGAUGAUUCCCAACGAGCGGCUUCCUCCUCGUAACUUGCACAAGGUGCGAGUUGAGAAAACCCAGGCUACGUUGAAGUGGCAGCCUCCCUACGACUCCCCCAGCGCCCCUCUGACGUACGCGGUGCACCUGAAGGACGUGGUGCGUAAGACCGAGAGCAGCUACAAGCUGACCACCCAGAACAACACGGUGGAGUACUGCCUCAAGGGCCUGGAGCCCGGAGGACACUACAGCGUCUCCGUCCGCCUGCGCAACAUGAGCAAGGAGGCCAGCUACACGCUCAACACAAUGCCCCUGCCUGCUCCAGAGGCUCUGAAGAUCCUGACGGAGAAAGACCACGUGUUCCUCUUCUGGAAGAGUUUGGCCGUGAAGGAGAGGAGCUUCAAUGAGAGCAGGGGCUACGAGGUGCACGUGUACGACAGCCUGUCCAACUCCACCGUGCUCCUGGGAAACACCACGGAGACCUUCUUCCGGAUCAGCAGCCUGCUGGCGGGCCACAACUACACCUUCUACGUCCAGGCCCGCUGCCUGCUCAACGGACAGCUGUGUGGCGAGCCCGCCCUGCUGCUCUACGACCAGCUGGGACAAGGUCCCAGUGACGCGGUGCGGAGCUCGGGUCAGUCAGGGGACAUGGCGGUAGUGGUGGUGCCGGUGCUGUUCCUGCUGCUGCUGGGGCUGUGUGGGGUCCUGGUGGUCCUGUACCUGAGGCACCGCCGCCUGCAGAACAACUUCACCGCCUUCUCCAACAGCCACUACAACUCCCGCCUGGGGUCGGCCAUCUUCUCCUCAGGGGACGAGCUGGGUGACGAUGACGAAGACACCCCCAUGAUCAGCGGCUUCUCAGACGACGUUCCCAUGGUGAUUGCGUAGCAGGACCACCCCUCCUCAUCCUCUAUCCCUCUACUAUACACUCUGCCCUGCCUGUCCCAACCCGUCACCUAUGCGCCCGUGCCCACUGGUACGACAAAAGGUCAGAGGUCAAGAAAGAAGGUGCGCCAACACUUUCGUCAACCAACCCCCUCCGAGGAAACAGUCUUAAUACGAUUCCGGAUCAAAGGAAGAAAAAGUGAAACGCAACGAGAGAUAUUUUUUAAAAGAAAAAAAACGAUGCACUUUUUUGGGAUGCGCAAUAACUUAUUUUUUUAUACAUAAUAUAUAUAUAUAUCGGUCAAAAGACUUUAUUGGUCGGGAACUGAUGCUAACUGUGAAGGAUUAGGAGUCUGUCAGGCGAGUCGAGUCGUGUGUUCGUCGCUCUGGGAGAAUAGACCCAACUACAAACUAACUCCAUAAAGAGCAGUUCAUUGCUUGAAGCCAAAAUAAGUACCUAGCAACUGGAAUAUCCAAUGCAGAAAAAAACACACCUAAGGAAAGAAAAUAUACACAUAAUCAAUAUACUGUAUGUAAAAAAAAUAUUGUUCAAAAGUUACCAGUAAAAGCUUCUUGAAGGGAGUGAGGAAAACAAGCUCUUGACACAGCAUAAAUUAACAGUCUUUAUGGUAUUUAUUCAGGAUUUAUGUCACUUUAAAGACUAUACUAUUUGCCCAUGGUACGUUGUUUAGUGUCCAUACUGAAAUCGAUCUGAAUAUGUUGCUGUCUGUUCGAAUGAGAUCACUUUAAUCUGUUGUCGAUAUUUGAUUUGAAACUGUCCGUUGGCCUGAACACAGCAUUCGGCGUCCGCGUAACCAACCAAUGAGUAGCGAUUAGAUGUAAUCGAUGGCACCAGGCAGUGUCAUAUAGAUCCAUGUUCCUCCUACCACCAGCACAGGAGUUGCUGUAGUCUACUCAGCAGUAACAAUAACACAGAGGAGUUACUGUAGUCUACUCAGCAGUAACAAUAACACAGAGGAGUUGCUGUAGUCUACUCAGCAGUACCAAUAACACAGAGGAGUUGAUGUAGUCUACUCAGCAGUAACAAUAACACAGAGGAGUUGCUGUAGUCUACUCAGCAGUAACAAUAACACAGAGGAGUUGCUGUAGUCUCCUCAGCAGUAACAAUAACACAGAGGAGUUGCUGUAGUCUACUCAGCAGUAACAAUAACACAGAGGAGUUGCUGUAGUCUACUCAGCAGUAACAAUAACACAGAGGAGUUGCUGUAGUCUACUCAGCAGUAACAAUAACACAGAGGAGUUGCUGUAGUCUACUCAGCAGUAACAAUAACACAGAGGAGUUGCUGUAGUCUACUCAGCAGUAACAAUAACACAGAGGAGUUGAUGUAGUCUACUCAGCAGUAACAAUAACACAGAGGAGUUGCUGUAGUCUACUCAGCAGUAACAAUAACACAGAGGAGUUGAUGUAGUCUACUCAGCAGUAACAAUAACACAGAGGAGUUGCUGUAGUCUACUCAGCAGUAACAAUAACACAGAGGAGUUGCUGUAGUCUACUCAGCAGUAACAAUAACACAGAGGAGUUGCUGUAGUCUACUCAGCAGUAACAAUAACACAGAGGAGUUGAUGUAGUCUACUCAGCAGUAACAAUAACACAGAGGAGUUGCUGUAGUCUACUCAGCAGUAACAAUAACACAGAGGAGUUGCUGUAGUCUACUCAGCAGUAACAAUAACACAGAGGAGUUGCUGUAGUCUACUCAGCAGUAACAAUAACACAGAGGAGUUGAUGUAGUCUACUCAGCAGUAACAAUAACACAGAGGAGUUGCUGUAGUCUACUCAGCAGUAACAAUAACACAGAGGAGUUGCUGUAGUCUACUCAGCAGUAACAAUAACACAGAGGAGUUGCUGUAGUCUACUCAGCAGUAACAAUAACACAGAGGAGUUGCUGUAGUCUACUCAGCAGUAACAAUAACACAGAGGAGUUGCUGUAGUCUACUCAGCAGUAACAAUAACACAGAGGAGUUGAUGUAGUCUACUCAGCAGUAACAAUAACACAGAGGAGUUGAUGUAGUCUACUCAGCAGUAACAAUAACACAGAGGAGUUGCUGUAGUCUACUCAGCAGUAACAAUAACACAGAGGAGUUGUUCACAUUUAUUAACUCCAAAAAGUCAGCUCGAUCAUUCUGUUGUGUUUCUCUACUCCCAAUGCUGCAUCAAUAGGAAAGUUUGAUUUUAGUUUUUUUCAGGACCACCAUGAUGUAAAUAUUCUUGUUAUUCAAAUAUUAUUACGCCCAAUCUGCUGCCGUUAGUUUGUAGUGUUUGGAACCUUUGUCUCUGAUGUUCUCAGGGAACUGGGUCUUUGUCUGGUCUGACACUGGCGUGGUACCAUCAUCUGAGUCUUUCGCCAGAACCCUCACUGAGGUACUAUCGUAACCCUAGAGACAGCAUUUGGAGCAUGACGUAAUGUUGUUGUAAACUGGUUUUCUGGUUGAAAAUAUAAAACCAGAUGACAAGGAACUGGUCUCUGUUACAGCAAGAUAUAUUUUUCAUGACGAGAGCAAGAUGUCAUGGGGAAAAACGUCAUGUUUUGGUUGUUAUCUGGUCAGAACCAGAUUAUUGCAUUUUGUGGUUGCUGUUUGUUUUUUUGUUUAAAAAAAAGGAAACGUCUAAUCUACAACCUGAUCAUAAUUUAAUAAUAGACAUCAUAACGAUGUCAUUGAAACCACUUUUGCUUGCUGGGAUAACAAUAUGAUGUUUAGGUCACAGUGAAGUGGACUGUGUGUCCGGCUCUCUCCCUGUUUAGCAAAACGCCUCACGUCAGUUUGAUGCGCCAGGAAAUGUUUUUGUUUUUACUCUUCCCCAUCUCAUCCUAUUGUGUAGUCAUGAACUGAAACGUGUAUUUUCCUCUAUGCUAAAGAGCCAUUUCAAUUGAUGUGAGGUAUGCUUUUAUUCAUUGACCUGUUUUGGGGUUUUGUUCAUGAAUGUAUUUUAUAUCUGUGAUUUCAUGGCUACGAGGCAAUGUGCCCCCCUCUCCCUCCCACCUCUCAUGUGAAAUGGAUACACUCGCAGUCCUCUCACUUUGUAAAGCCAAGAACUCUACUUUGAAUGGUUCACCCCUAUAAUCUUGGAAGAGAGACCUGAUAAUGACUUUUGAUAGUGUCUGACUGUAGACUGGUUCAGGGCAGGCAUCGCGCCCCCAGGCUCCAGGACCACGUCCCCAUCCCACUCUGGGGGUGACGUCACAGCAGUCCCCCCAUCGCACUCUCCGGCCCCCGGCCACUGCAGGGCUGCUUUCAAUACAUUGUUUUGACAUUCUUUCCUUAAGGUACUUGUGAUUUUAUCUCCCCCUUUUCUGUUUUCCAGGCCUUAAAUAGUGCUGUAAAGUUACUGAUGGGACUGUUUAUUUUCUGUGGACUUUGAUUUGCCACAUAUGCCUUAUUAGAACACAGUGAGUUUGUGUGUAUGUACUGUAUUUAUGACGACACGAGUGCACACACACACACACACACACACACACACACACACACACACACACACACACACACACACACACACACACACACACACACACACACACACACUCAGUAUCCUUACACAAUUGCUAAAGAGAAUGAUCUGUACUGAAGAGAGAGCAGUAGAAGUCGUUUGUUGUUCUAUACAGGUCACUACUCCUGUCUGCAUUGGCUGUUUUAAACAAGGCACAUAUCUAAAGCCCCCUGAUGGAUUUUAUCUCAUGUAGUCCCAAGUUUUGACAAUUGUACAAAAUAUAAUUCUUGAUUGUUGUGACCGUUUCAACCCCCAACCCUUCCAAAAUGUACUUUUUUCUUUCUUUCUGUAAAAUAGUAUGCUUAAAAAAGUUUUUGCACAGAAUAUAAUGAUAUUGGACACCGCCAUAUUUGAAUAUGUUGGUCUUGCUUGCUUAUGGGGGUCUCAAGGAAGUGAGAUGUUUGAGGUACAGUGUGAAGUGUUUUAAAAACCACUUCUACUGAAAUAAACUUACUGGAAAUGUG